CAGCGGGGGGGGCGUCAGCAGAGCGCCGGCUCCACGGCAGCGACAGCAGCGUCCUCCGGACUCGGGACGCGGCUCCCCAUCCUGCUACCCGAAAAACACCGCCGCCAGGGACCGGCGCACGGGCACGAACUGAGACCUGGACUCUUUUCUUCUUCUUUUUGGUGGAUUUGGUGAACAUUACAAACCCUCCGAACACACUUUCUUCUUCUUCGUUUUUUGUUUGUUUUUUAAUGAAUGAGACACUUUAGAUAUGGCUUCAUCCGAGAGCGGCGCAGAGGAGGUGCGGGUGUCCGCGUUGACGCCCCUGAAGUUGGUGGGACUGGUUUGCGUCUUUCUCGCGCUGUGCCUGGACGUCGGGGCCGUGCUGAGCCCGGCGUGGGUCACGGCGGAUGACCAGUACUACUUGUCCAUGUGGGUGUCCUGCUGGAAGCCCGUCAGCUCCGCGCAGUGGUCCUGCAGCAGCACGCUGACCACCGACUGGCAGAUCGCCACGCUGGCCUUGCUGUUGGGGGGGGCGGCCCUCACCCUGCUCUCUUUCCUCAUGGCGCUAACGUCCCUCUGCGCCAGCUGCAGGAGUCGCUGCUACAAGCCGGUGGCCGUCCUGCUGUUCUCCGCAGUGGUGCUCCAGGUGUGCAGCUUGGUCCUCUUCCCCAUCAAGUUCAUAGAGAUGGUCAGUCUGAGGGUGUACCACGAGUUCAACUGGGGUUACGGCCUGGCCUGGGGAUCCACCAUCUUCUCUUUUGGAGGAGCCAUCCUCUAUUGCCUCAACCCCAAGAACUAUGAAGACUACUACUAACACGUGUGGGACAAGAGGAGAAGUGGAGACUCUGUUUCACCCGCUGUCCUCUCAGUAAAAAAGGAACUUUCUGUCUAUUAGUGCACAAGCACAGACCAAAAAAACAACAGAAAAUACAAAACGCUUGUUAGUUUAGGACGGGAAAUGAUCUUUCGGUUUAUACUGUGAACUUAUUGUUUCAAAGUCUAUCCUCACUCUUUGGACCGGAGCCGUGCUCUCUCUCAAGACAGUUUGGCAGAGGUCCAGGGGUGAAGAGAAAUCCAACCCAGCCAGUUUAAAUUGGGAGAGAAUGUCAGUGCUCAGUUAACUCUCAGUCCCCUUGAAGUGGAACUCCAGCAGGUCUUUAGAUUUCUGCAGAAAAUUUAGAGGGAGCAGAUUUACAAACCGCAUACCAGGAGGACCAUGAAUAACCAAUCAGGGCAGAGAAUGAUGUAAGCUCAGGCCAACCACGGAAGUGACAGAUCCAGGGAGGCCUAUCAAAGUGAUGUCAGGAGGAUGACAAAGUGAGGAAGACAGGGCACACCUCAGGAAAUGCUACAUUUCCCCCCAGUUACACUGCAACUGGAACUUGGCACGGCCUUGUUCCUCCAGUAGCGUGUAACAGGUCGCCGAGGACAUGUCAUCAACGUCCAAAUAUGGGGCCUUUAUUUUCUCCCGUUGCAGCCGAGUGAAUUAAAAGUGUCAGAUAUACUGUAUAUAAACAAAGUCUACCUAAGAGUAAAAAACAUUCCACAGCCGGCUCCAAAUGACAACAUACUGGUGAGAGAAACAUUCAUUAGUUGACGCAUACCAGUGUCUUUCAUAUUUAAACAGCGGUAAAGCCUCUGGCUGCUAAUGUAAAACGUGCAACAUAAUCCCAAGUUACACCUGCUUGUCAAUAAUAGGGUUGUGUUAUAUGCAAAGUAUGCGCAAAAAGCACAAUACAGUUAUAAUCACUACCAUACCAGUGGCAAGGAAGCGGGCAAAAGUUUGCAGAGCGUGUUAUGUCUGCAUGAUCAUAGAACCCAGCAUGUGCUCUCACACACGCAUACAUACCUCGCUCCCUCAUGUGAUGCCUCCUCAUCGCCUGUAAGGAAUGAGACCCUGUAAGAAUACACGGCAGGUCAGACAUGUCGAGGCUGUGGCUUUAAAUUAUUGAUAUUGAAAGUCUGUUUUUUUUCACCCACAGGAAGGUUCGUGAUGCAGUACUUUAGAAGUUUAAAUAUGCCGUGUGUGAUCAGUGUUAGAACUAUUGGAUCAAGCAGAAAAGGGAAAGUUUCAAACCUGAAGGACAGUGUGAUCACAACAGGUGAGACCAGUGAGGAAAACGGUCUCAAGCCCAAUUUAAACGUGCUCAGAAACAUCUCCAACUUCCUCUUGCAACUUUAAUGAAAGUGGGCGUGUGUGUGCAUGUUACUACCAUUUCCUGCUGUGUUUCUGAUUCCCACUGGUUUGAUUACUUCAAAUAAAUAUGUACUGGAAAAAAA